AACCGUCGGGGCCGGCGGGGCGCAGCCGGGGCCCGCAGACUUACUUUGUGCAGAAUGUCAUCUGAUGAGGAGAAAAGCACAAGUCCAGUUUUCCCAAAUGACUUUGUUCAGGACAGUUCUCUUUCUUCAGAUGCUCAGAUUUGUCACUGGAUGCUGUCUAUUGACACUUUCUGUUGGCGCGUAAGCGAUGAAUAUGAAGAGCUGUUUCGUUAUACUGCAAUGAGUCCGAAGUUUGAGCAGUGUGUCUCAAAGUUGCCAGAACCUGCCUCAGAACAGAGACCACCUGAAAGAGUUUCCAGGUUAACAGAUUAUGCCAGUCACCAUUAUACUCCAGUCUCAACAUCAGUGAAGCAGGCUGGUAUGGAACAACCUACUCUUCCAGAAGCAACUUCUUCCACACAUAGUCCAAGAGAAGUCAGCAAAACCACGGUGACUGAAUUAACUUUACCAGAUGGAAAAGUCACUCAGAUAGAAAACAUAGUUGAUCUCUGGAGUGGAAAUCUUAAGACAAAUAUUCUGACUGAACUGAAAAACUGGGAACUUAAUUUGAUUCAACAUCACAAGCUUCAAAUGAAACAAGAGAAAGAGAAACAUGCCACGCAAGUGAAACAACUGCAGAAUGAGAUGGAAAACCUGAAAGAGUUACUUCAUACUUAUGAAAUCUCUAUUAGCAGGAAAGAUGAGGUAAUUACAAACUUGACCCAAGCAUUAGAAAAGCAAAAGGAGAGAGUAGUGUUGAUGAGAAAGUUUACACUGUGGCGGAUUCAGCAUGUUAAAGCCAAACAAGAGGAAUAUGCAAUUAGAAUGGCAGAUACACAUUUCCAAACAGCUUUGAUGAAGAAAGUGUGGGCUGCAUGGCGCUCUGUUAGUGAAGGAAGAUGGAAAGACAAAGUAGCAAGAGCCUGUCAGUUAAGGGCAGAAGAUGUGUGUGUUCAGCUCACCAAUGAUUAUGAAGAGAAAAUUGCAGAGUUAACUGCUGCUUUGGAACUGACAAGAGCUGAGAUUCUGCGACUGCAUGCUGAAAGAGAUCAUUAUGAAGACACCAUGAAGAAAGCCUUUAUGCGUGGUGUAUGUGCUUUGAAUCUGGAAGCCAUGACUAUGUUUCAAAGCAAGGACAAUAGCCCAGAUCCUGAUACAGGAAGCAGGAGAAAUGAUCAUGAUGCCACUGGUGCAGGAAGACCACCUCCUUCACAAUAUAAUCAACCCUCACCACCACCUCCACCAGCAGCUGCUCUUCAGAUGGAAAACAUGUUUUGUUGCCACCUGGCUCAUGCAAGCACUCCUGAGACCAGGCUAGAUUCUGAUUCUCCAGUUAUUGUCACUAGCACAACAUCAGGAUCUGGUGUAACAUCAUCACAAAAACUGCCCAUGCCAAAAGUAAUAACAUCUGCACAACAGAAAGCAGGAAGAACAAUCACUGCUCGAAUCACAGGCCGAGCUGAUAUGGGACAAAAAUCCAGAGCUUCUGGGGGUUUAGCAGUGAUGGGAGUUGCUCCACCCAUGAGUUCAGUUAUUGUUGAGAAGCAUCAUCCAGUCACUCAGCAAACCAUAUCACAAGCCACUGCUGCUAAGUAUCCUCGAACUGUGCUUCAUUCUUCUGGCUCUACCACUUCGAGACCUGCAGGACAAGCUGGGCGAGUGCUUCAGAGCCAAACUCAUACCAGUGUUCAGUCAAUAAAAGUUGUUGACUGACUAUCUUUCUCACCAGUAGGGGUUUUUAAUCAAGGUACCACUUCCCAGUCUUUUCAGAUUCGAUGCAGUAAGGCCUAAAGUACAUAUCAUGUUUUUACCCUUUUCUAAAAAAAUGAGGUUUUUAAAAGUAAAAGUGCUUUUAUAAUAAAACCUGGAGGAGAAAAAAGAACUUGAACUGUUUUUCUACCUCCAAACUUUUAUUAUUAGGACAAAUAUUUUCUAUUUAAGGAAUC